CGACUGCCCCCGAGGCGAUGACAGUUUUCCAGUCCGCUGCGCUGCCAUCCAUCAUCCACAAGGCAUUCCACACACUGCAGAUCGUGCUGCUGCGCACCCCUUUCUACGUGGGGUUGACUCUCCCCAUGGCAUCGCUGUUGGCGCCUCUGCUCUGCCUUGCACGCAUGUCAUCCGACAAUGAGGUUGUGGCCAUCCGCGCAUCGGGCAUACGCAUGACCCGCGUCCUCACCGUCGCUGCUCAUCUCUUCCUCGCCUGCACUCUGCUGCACUAUGCCUGGGCUGAGCUCCUCGCUCCCUUCACCAACCACCGUGCAUCUCGCAUGGUCAGGGCAGUGCGUUCUGCUCGCUCACCCCACCACCUGCACCGGCUGCUCUCUGUUUCAGGGCGUCAACAGCAGCACAAGGCAAACAUGCGCCAUCCCAUCGUCUUCCCCAGCUUCAG